AUGCGACUUAUCCCAUCCACGCGUUUCACGUUAGCGCUACUCGUAUCUUUUGCAUUGUUCAUUCAAUAUUCACAACGAGUGAGUCUGUCGAUGGGUAUCGUUUGUAUGGUUAAUAGGACGGCGACAGAUAAUGCAUCGAAAUUUUCAGUGAAAUAUGGAUCAGAGUUGUUAAAUGACAAAAAGUUCGCCUGGACAGAAUUCCAGCAACAGAUUCUCCUCGGCGCUUAUUGGUUUGGUUACAUUUUUACCUUAAUACCAAGCGGUUGGCUAUCAAUUACUCUGGGUGCCAAGCGAAUGUUCGCUGGCAGUCUUCUAUUCAGUUCGAUUGCAACUAUUGGAAUCUGUAGCAUUUAUUUCAUUGAUCGUUUCAAUUUCUACGUUGCUUUGUUCUUUCGAAUUAUCAUUGGCUUUACUCAUGGUCCACUGUUUCCAGCAACGUACACUUUCUGGUCAGUAUGGGCUGUACCUCUCGAACGGAGUACUUUGACAGCCAUCGGAUUCUGUAGCAAUAAUCUCGGGACCUCUGUAACUAUGCUAGUUGGUGGUCUCCUCUGCCGUUAUGUUAGUUCAGGAUGGGUUCAUAUAUUUCUUCUGACAGCUCUGUGCGGCUUUAUUUGGCUUCCAUUAUGGUUGUGGUUGGUAGCUGAUUCACCCCAAACCCAUCGAACAAUUAGUGAAAAAGAACGAAAUUAUAUAUGCAAAAAUAUUGGUUUGAACAGUGAGGAUAAAAAGAAGAAAACUGUUUCACUAGGGUCUUUGCCGUGGAAGAAAUUUCUUCGGUCCAAACCACUGAUUGCUUUAUUUGUAACUGAGUGUUGCAAUUUAUUUGGUCUGUUCUUUUUCUAUACAAACGUGGGCAAAAUUUUAACUGAAAUUCACCGUAUUCCUACUCAAUAUACUGGAUAUAUCUUAGCUGCCGGUUUUAUCUGCAUGCCGAUUAGUAGUCUUCUAGCAGGUAUCAUUGCUGAUAAUGUUGUUCGUCGAGAAAUGAUGUCUUUGACGGAUGUUCGAAAAUUAUUCAAUUCCUUAUCGUCAUUCAUUCCCGCUAUCUGCAUGAUAGUUCUCUGUUUUUGUGAUCAUACUCGACAAGUUCUAGGAUUGGUUACAAUCUUAAUUCUGCUAUUUUCUUCAGCAUUGGCUUAUGGUUCUGGCUACAUUGUGAAUUUUGCUGAUGUACUGCCGGCGUAUUCAUCAAUUGUGUUCGGUAUAGUCACAGCAGCGGCAACAUUCGGUGCACUGAUGGCUAAUGUUAUCGCUGGGCUUGUUAUCAAACGACCUGUUCUGGAAGACUGGCGUAAAAUUUUCAUUCUCUUUUCCAUCAUAUAUGUUAUCGGUGGUGUCACUUUUUUAAUACUUGGUUCUGCAGUACCGCGGACAUGGGCUUCGCUUAAAGUUCAUGAGCCACAGCAACAGAUGGACAAUGUUACAACUAACGCUGCAGAUGAAGAAGAAGCUAUUCCGAUGAAAACUGUAGCACCGAUUAAUGAGUAG